CUAGAGCGGGGGUUGGGGGGGCUUUAGGCAGCGCGCGAUCGAACUGGAAUAAGCCGCCCUAGGAAUGGAGAACCCCGCGGCGGAGGAGCUGCUCCGGAAGAUCCAGGAGCUGGAGGCCGGCCAGGCUCACCUCAAGCACGAAAUGUCGAGGCUCCGGAUGUCCGGCGGGUCCGAUCCCAGCAGGCCCGAGCACCGCGCCCGGCAGCGCUCCCACUCGGUGUCGCCCGAGCGGUCGGCCGCCCGGAGGCGGGCGGGGCUCGCGGCUCGCCCCGGGUGGAGGAAGGGCUCCGCUACUUUCGCGCACUCGUCGCCGUUGCAGAGGGAGAGCCGGAGUCUCGACGAGCCCCCGAAUGUGGGAGGCGCGGAAGGCUUCAUCGGCGGGCCUGCCAAGAUGAAUUUCACGGAAAGACAGUAUUUGAACAUUCUGCAGUCUAUGGGGCAGGCUGUUCAUAUAUUUGAUCUCGGGGGUCGUAUAAUUUACUGGAACCAAACUGCAGAAAGCCUAUAUGGUUAUUGUGCAUCAGAAGCCCUGGGACAGGAUGCCAUUGAGCUCCUAAUUGAUCCCCGAGACUUUGGAAUAGCAAAUAAGAUUGUCAAUCAGGCGAUCAUGGGAGAGAGAUGGAUGGGACAGAUCCCUGUCAAGAAUAAGUUGGGCGAAAGAUUUUCAGCUGUUGCAACGAAUACUCCAUUUUAUGACGACGAUGGAACGCUGGUGGGUAUCAUAUGCGUCUCAAGCGAUUCGCGGCCCUUUCAGGAGCCAAGAACUGAAAUGCCAGAAGUGAGGCACUCAGCAGCAGAGUCAAGCCUAAGCCGCCUGAAAAUCACUGCUACAAACAAGCUUGGCCUUGAUGCUCAGCAGCCUCUGCAAGUUGCAAUUGCCUCUAAGAUAUCCAAUUUGGCAUCCAAGGUGAGCAACAAAGUGAAGUCGAGGAUUCGGACUGGAGAGAAUCAUAUCGAUCGUGAGAAUGAGAGUAGUGAUACUCAUCAUUCUGAUAAUUGUCUCUCAGAUGACAAUAGGGAGGAUGCAGCAUCGAGUGGCGCAAGCACGCCCAGGGGAGAUGUACCUCCUUCUUCUUUUGGUGUUCACUACCAAAAGGAGGAGAAGUCGCCAGGAAAACAUGCUAAAGAUUCUAGUGAAGAGAGUGAAAAACCGCCGAUUCACAAGAUCAUUACAUCCAAGGCAGAGGCAUGGAUUGGUAAAAGGGGGCUAUCCUGGCCUUGGAAAGGCAAUGAAAGGGAAGGAUCAGAGGCCAGGAUUGGAAGAUCAGGUUUCGUAUCAUUGCAGAAUGACCAAGAAAAGAUAAGUCCUCCCAUGGCUAAUCUAGAAAAUCAGACCAAUGAAAAUAACCGCACUGUCAAUGAAGCAUCAGGUUCAUGGUCCUCAUUUAAUGUUAACAGCACGAGCAGUGCCAGUAGCUGUGGAAGCACAAGUAGUGGUGCUGUGAAUAAGGUGGACAUCGAAGCAGACUGUUUGGAUUGUGAGAUACUGUGGGAAGACUUGACAAUUGGAGAACAAAUUGGGCAAGGUUCUUGUGGAACUGUCUAUCACGCUCUGUGGUACGGAUCAGACGUGGCAGUGAAGGUAUUCUCGAUGCAAGAAUAUUCAAAAGAACUGAUAUGUUCCUUUAAGAAAGAGGUGCUUCUUAUGAAAAGACUUCGGCACCCCAAUGUUUUGCUUUUCAUGGGAGCAGUAACUUCGCCUCAGCGCCUCUGCAUAGUCACAGAGUUUCUUCCACGUGGAAGUUUGUUUCGCUUACUGCAGAGGAACACAACCAAGUUAGAAUGGAGACGGCGUGUUCAUAUGGCUUUGGAUGUGGCUAGAGGCAUGAAUUAUCUGCAUCAUUACAAUCCACCUAUCAUUCAUCGUGAUUUGAAGUCCUCGAAUCUCUUAGUUGACAAGAAUUGGAAUGUGAAGGUUUGGCCACAAUUUUUGAUGUCCUCUUAUGUGGGUGAUUUUGGUCUGUCGCGUCUGAAACAUGAAGCGUAUCUCACAACAAAAACAGGGAAGGGAACGCCUCAAUGGAUGGCACCAGAAGUUCUCCGUAACGAAGCCUCAGACGAGAAAUCUGAUGUGUACAGUUAUGGAGUGGUCUUAUGGGAAAUUGCCACCCAGAAGAUCCCGUGGGAUAAUCUCAACGCGGUGCAGGUGAUUGGUGCUGUGGGGUUUAUGAACCAGCGGCUGGAUAUCCCUCAUGAUGUCGAGCCACAGUGGGCAUCUAUAAUCGAGAGCUGUUGGCACAGUGAUCCAAAGUGCCGACCGACGUUCCAGGAACUACUGGAAAGACUCAAAGAUUUGCAGAGACAGAACGUACUUCAAUUCCAGGCUUCCCGCUCCGCCGCCAGGGACAGCACUCAAAGGGAAACAUGAAACAUCCGGUGCUUCGAAAGGAUUUGGCUAUUCAUUACAAUGGCUAACGGUCCAAGCAGUCCUGGGCUAUUCACCAGGAAGUUGAUGUUGCCAACCAGGCUUGACCCACUUUGCCGCCUCCGGACCAUGAAAUUCCGGCAACCAGAUUUUUGAGACCAUUUUGAGAGAAAGGAAUGAUUGUCCUUCAUAUGAGCAUUCAUUGCAGGUGGAUCUAGGAUGACUGUGUCGCUGUUGUGCAUUUACCAGAAGUCACGAAGGAUCUUGUAGAUAUGUUGCAAGUAGAGGCUGAGCACAUUAGGCAUGUCAUCCAUUUGUUUGUGGUACAUUUAUAGGAAAACAUUAGGUUCUCAUAAAGCUGUACAAAUCAAAUCUGCUGUGACGGCUCUUAGUGGUGAAACAGAGAGAUUUCCUCCGUGAAGACGGAUUAUCUGUUGGCUCUGUUAUUGCUGAAUUGCAAGGCAACCUGAUUCACCGUGUGAA